AUGCCUCGACCCCAGCCGGUCUACUCUCGCCUGGAGUCACUUCCCGUCGAAAUAUUGCAAUUGAUUUUCCUCUACAGCCUCGAGAUCAACCUCCCUCGCGCCUCACUAUAUCUCGGCCGAGUUCUCUCUAAUGAACUGGUGUAUUCAUGGCUGAUUAGGCUGGUCUUCAGCAGCGCCAACCCAGGAUCGCGAGAUGGGUUCUUCACUUCAGACUUCUUGCCGCCGCAGCUAGAUUUCUGGGCAUUAUCAAAGGAACAACGCCAGCUCUUACAAACCACAUUACUCUCUUGUCAGUGGUGUACGCUAUCGCUAAUGCAAAAGUGCCAGCGGGAAUAUAUCGAACAUACAAUACGUCGCAAAACUGCUGGUCUGAUCAUCCGACAAGAAGACCAGGACAAGUUGUCGAACUUGGGUCCGUACUUCGAGAAGAGCCUAAUAGAAAGGUACGACCGAUCCGAAGAAGGUAAUAACAGGGGGAAAGGAGAUCUAGUGAUCUCAGCUCAACUCGCAGAGUCACCAUCAUCACGCGUCUUCUUCAAAAUAGCAAUAUGGUUUCAAUCAGGGGCAGUCCACAUCCGAACAGCGCAAGAUUUCCUAUCUAUAUCAUCAUUUGCCGAUCACAAUGAUCUUUUUAGACUUCCUUGCUCCCCAGCCCAUACACCAGCUCGCAUCCCAGACAAACUGCUAAGAUCGCCAUGGUCAGAAACCCAGCUGGAUUUCUUGCAGCUAUUAUCCUCAGGAGGAUUCUAUCUCGACGAGGACGAAUAUUCUAGAGACCGGUCUGCUGAAAUCACGACGCGGUUGAUUCGGAAACAUCGUGUCGAGCCCUUGCAUCGUCUACUCGGCAUGUAUAUUCGCUCAGCGAAUUGCCGUGUCCCGAUUCGCUGGCCCUUGCAGCUGUCCGACUAUAAUCUGGCAUGUCGAUAUGGCCAGGGGGCUGGUGAUCCUAUGGUCUUGCUUAUGCUCAGUGAACGCUGGUAUGAGAUGUCUUUCUCGACCAAGCAGAAUCUAAUACGCCACGUGGAGAUGUCCGAGGAAGAUAUCUUGCCAUUGAUAUGGUCCAAUGGGGUAGUUUAG